UCUAAAUAUGUUAGAGAAAACUCAUAUUAACGGUCACAUUUUAUUUAACGUUAAACUGCAUUAAUUAAUUUCUUAUGUUCACUUGAAAAUACGUUUAUGUUUGUGUUUGAGUGUUUAAUCUCUUAUAAAUAUGAGACAAAAUUUCAUUCUAAAAUACCAGAUACAAACAUUUUAAUAUAUUAUAUUAAUAACAUUUGCGACUUAUUUCGAAAACAUUAGCACAAUGGCUCACACUUCUUCCCGAACUACUAUCGUAUUCAUUGUUGUUGCUUUGAUUUGUGCGUUCGUUCCUGCAUUCUCUGUUGAAGAAGCUGAAGCAAAAUCACUAUGGGAUACCUGUCUUCUUAAAAUCAGUCCAAAAUGUGCGUUGGAUAUAAUUGGUGUUGUCUUUGAAAAUUUAACCAUCACUGAUGCAUGUUGUCAUGAUCUUGUACAAGAAGGAAAAAUGUGUCACGAUACUCUUAUCAAAUAUAUUGCUGAGAAGCCGCAUUUAGUUGCCCACGAAACAGAGUAUUUGAAGAAAAGUGAUGAUUUGUGGACUCAUUGUGUCUCAGUUUCGCAAACUGCUUAAAAAUAUGUUAUGCUUGUAUUGAUCUACAAAUUUUUAUUUAACUAUCGUUAAAUUUUAUUUGAUCAAAAAUCGUGGAUCAAACAGUAUGCAAUAUAAAGCGACCAUCAAGUGAAUCUCAUUCUAAAUGAAUCAAUACAUAUAUUAACUCAAUUGAAAAACAAUGUGCUAACCAUACAAGAUUGUUAAACUAAUAACAAGACAUAUAUGAAUAAUUUCAAACAAUAUUGCUUAAUUACUUUGACUUAACUUAUCUUUAAUUUUAAAAAUUAAUUUUCCUCUACGAUUUCAAUCAUUAUUUUUACAUACACUGAAAAUUAUCUUGGAUAAUUUAAAACAAGGAGCAAAGAAAAUAUCUAAUGUUUCACCUUCGAAACCUUUGAGUUUAGUAGUACAUGCUAAUAUAAUGGCUUGGAAAAAAAAACUAUUUUGAAUACUCAUGUUGUCGACGAUUUUGUAAAUACGAUCAUUUACAAAGAACACAAUGAGACUGGAUGUAAUCACAAAAAAGAACAAUAUCCUAUGACUAGUAAGUAGAUAAUAACUUAUGCCAAUGAUAUUAGGAUGGAGCGUAUGGAUUUGAGUUUUAAAUCCAUCAUAAAAGUUUUGGAAACAAAAUUAUACACAUUUUUUGUUUCAUUUAUUACAAUUUGUAGAUUUGGGUUCAGAAUUUUUAAUACAUUACAACCCUUUAAUUUUUGCAAAUUAAUUGUUUAACUCUAAUAUUGUUUUUCGCCAGUUCCAGUUUCUUUUCUAAGAAAUUAUAUCUACAUAAUGUGUAUACUGGUUAUGGUUUAGCUAUAUAAUUUCUUCUAGUAGUAAAUUCUUA